AUUAGUGAAUUGAAAAUUGGUGGUGAAAAAAGAAAAUUUAAAAUGAGAAGUCGAUAUUUUAUUGAUGAGGAAUAAGUUGGAAAAGAAAACGGUGCGUUUAAGCCCGAAAGUAAAACCCAAUAGAUCAUUUUGUUCCUGCGUCUGCGUCUGCGUGCGUGGUGCUGUUAGGGUUUCCCUCCACAUUUUGCUUCCUCCAAGGUACCAUUUUUCUUCUUCUUCUUCUUCUUCUUUGGGACUCUCCUUUUAUGUAAUUCUCGCUUUUCCUCGUCAAUUUUUAUAAUGUCUGAAGAGGCUGGAUCCAUGUUGGUAGUUUACGACGAUCCCUCUGACCAACACUCCCUGUCUUUGGGCGAUACAAGCAGCACUGAGGAGUCACCUCCUCAAACCACACUCUCCUUGGAACCCACUCAUGAUCACAUUCCAUACAUUGGUCAGAGGUUCCCCACUCAUGAUUCAGCUUAUGAUUUCUAUACUGAUUUCGCCAAGACCUCUGGCUUCUCAAUUAGGCGCCACCGUACCGAGGGAAAAGACGGUGUUGGGAAAGGACUUACUAGACGAUACUUUGUUUGUCACCGUGCUGGCAAUACUCCUGCUAAAUCAUCCACCGAAACUAAGCCUCAAAGAAACAGAAAAUCUUCUCGAUGUGGUUGUCAGGCUUAUAUGAGGAUAAGCAAAACCACCGAAUUUGGACCUCCUGAAUGGCGGGUUACUGGUUUUGCUAAUCAUCAUAAUCAUCAACUUUUGGAACCUAACCAAGUUCGAUUCCUUCCUGCCUACAGAACUAUAUCAGAUUCUGACAAAAACAGAAUCCUUAUGUUUGCCAAAACAGGGAUUUCUGUUCAUCAAAUGAUGAGGCUUAUGGAGCUUGAGAAGUGCGUCGAACCUGGAUAUUUGCCUUUUACGGAAAAGGAUGUAAGGAAUUUACUACAGUCCUUUAGAAAAUUAGAUCCCGAAGAAGAAACCCUGGAUUUGUUAAAAAUGUGCAGAAAUAUUAAGGAGAAAGAUCCUAAUUUUAAAUUUGAGUACACACUCGAUGCAAACAACCGUUUAGAGAAUAUUGCCUGGUCGUAUGCCUCCUCCGUUCAAUUGUAUGAUAUCUUUGGGGAUGCUGUGGUAUUUGAUACAACCCAUCGUCUCACUGCAUUUGACAUGCCACUGGGGAUAUGGGUUGGAAUAAAUAAUUAUGGAAUGCCCUGCUUCUUUGGCUGUGUGCUACUGCGAGAUGAAACUGUCAGGUCAUUUUCCUGGGCAAUAAAGGCUUUCUUAGGUUUUAUGAAUGGGAAGGCUCCACAGACUAUAUUAACGGACCAAAACUUGUGUCUCAAAGAAGCACUAUCUGGAGAAAUGCCGAUAACAAAACAUGCUUUCUGCAUAUGGAUGAUAGUAGCAAAAUUUCCGUCAUGGUUCAAUGCUGUUCUAGGGGAACGCUACAAUGAUUGGAAGGCUGAAUUUUAUAGACUUUAUAAUCUUGAAUCAGUUGAUGAUUUUGAACUAGGCUGGAGGGAAAUGGUCUGUUCUUUUGGGCUGCAUUCCAAUCGGCACGUGCUUACUUUAUAUAGCUCGCGCUCACUUUGGGCAUUGCCAUAUUUAAGAAGCCAUUUUCUUGCGGGAAUGACUACAACUGGCCAGUCAAAGUCAAUUAAUGCCUUCAUUCAACGGUUUUUAAGCGCGCAGACACGACUUGCUCACUUUGUUGAACAGGUAGCUGUUGCUGUGGAUUUUAAAGAUCAAACAGGAGAACAACAAACCAUGCAGCAGAAUCUGCAAAAUGUUUGCCUCAAAACAGGAGCUCCCAUGGAAUCACACGCUGCUACGGUCCUCACUCCUUUUGCCUUUUCAAAGCUUCAAGAACAACUUGUGUUGGCUGCACAUUAUGCAUCUUUUUCAGUGGAAGACGGGUUUCUUGUGAGACAUCACACAAAAGUUGAAGGAGGUCGCAAAGUUUAUUGGUCUACUCAAGAAGGAGUUAUAAGCUGCAGCUGUCACCAGUUUGAAUUUUCUGGAAUUUUGUGUAGGCACUCUCUGAGAGUUCUUUCAACAGGAAAUUGCUUUCAGAUCCCGGAUACAUAUCUUCCCAUCCGAUGGCGUCGUAUCAGCGUGCCUUCUUCAAGGCUUCUUCAAAAUGCAUCCAGUGAUCAUGCCGAAAGAGUUAAGUUAUUCCAAAAUAUGGUUUCAUCUCUAGUUACAGAAUCUGCCAAGUCUAAAGAACGAUUAGAUGUUGCUACAGAACAAGUUUCCAUUCUUCUGUCUCGCAUAAAAGAGCAACCAAUUUCACUACAAUGUGCCAGAGAUAUUUCUACCAUUAAUAGGAAUCUAUGAUGAAUGCUCUUGCAAUGUGUGAUUCUGUAAAAUGUUUGUGAGAGAGUAGGGUAAAUGGAUUUUUUUGUUCGGUCUUCCUCAAGGUGGGGUGCCAUUUUAAAUUAUUCUUUGGUAAAAUUUCUUAGAAUGGCAAACGCCAAAUUGCAUUCUGUCAUGUACAAAACUGUAUAGGAAAUUUGUUCAUUGUUCAAAUGCAUACUUUGUAUUAUUUGCAGUUUUUCUGCCAUGGUCAAUCAUUAGAGGAGAUAAUUAUUCUAA